ACUGUCAGACGUGAAUAUAUGUAUGUUUUAUGUAAAUAACUUGAUUUGACUCAUAUUUUGACCACUAUAACUUGUUAUUAUCAAACUCCAAUUGCUGAAUUUUUAUGAAAUUUAAUAUGGAUGAGGAAAGGAUGUGGAAAAGCAUGUUGGCAAAGUUACUGGAAUUGAAAGUUAAUCCACCCACCGAACAUGAAAGCAGAUUACAGGAAACCGAUGGUGGCUUUUUUGAAAGAUUUGGGUCUCUUUUGAAGCAGAAAUCGCAUUUAGAGGAAACAGAAAUGAAAACCAACCUUGAACCAUUCGCAGUUGAUUAUGAAGCAGACAACGAAAAAGACAAUACUCAAAAAGAAUGCAUUAAAAAUAGUUCAUCUAUUGGUUCCGAAGAGAGUGUAAAUAUCCCCGAGUUAAAAAACUGCAAAGAAGAACUGGUGGAAUCUGCUGUAGGAAUGAAUGUAAGUUAA